CACUCAAACGAAAAUGUGUUGCUGCCGUUUCAAUAGACGGUACAAAUGAUUAACCUGCUGGCUAUGUGAAUACAUGUAGCAGAACUGCUGAUCAUGACAAGAGGACUGUACUAGCAAGCUCUGUUAAAAAAAAGGAUUCAACAGCUACAGAAUGCAGAACCUCAGGCAAGCUGCAUCAGAUGCUUUCAACCGUUUAGGUCUGAAGCAGAGACACUUGGGCUAUGAGGAGCUGACUGACCUCACCGAUUCUGCAUUUCCUUCAGAGGAGAUCCAGCCCCAUUGGUUCCACACCCUACAGGUCAGGAGGUUGACAGUUCAAAGGACAAGGAGCAACAGUGACCCCUUGGGUGAAAAGAGCUUCGAAGAAGGAUUCCAAUGGAGAACUGGUCUCCAGUUUGGGACAGCCACCUCCUACCUGAACCUGGAGAAGCUGGGAGAGGGUUCCUACGCCACUGUUUAUAAAGGAAUCAGCCGGAUAAAUGGACACCUUGUUGCUUUAAAAGUGAUUAGGAUGAAGACAGAAGAAGGAGUGCCAUUCACAGCUAUUAGAGAAGCCUCGUUGCUGAAGGGCCUGAAACAUGCCAACAUUGUCCUUCUCCAUGACAUCAUUCACACACGAGAGACCCUGACAUUCGUUUUUGAGUAUGUGCAAACUGAUCUUGCACAAUAUAUGAUUCAGCACCCUGGGGGCCUGCAUUCAUACAAUGUAAAGAUCUUACUGUUUCAAUUGCUGAGGGGUCUGUCGUAUAUCCACCGCCAGAGGAUUCUGCACCGAGACCUCAAACCACAGAACCUGCUGAUCAGCUACCUGGGGGAGCUCAAGCUCGCAGAUUUUGGUCUGGCACGGGCCAAGUCUAUCCCCAGUCAAACCUACUCCUCAGAGGUGGUGACGCUGUGGUACCGGCCACCUGAUGCUCUUCUAGGAGCCACGGACUACUCCACUGGACUGGACAUGUGGGGCGUGGGCUGUAUAUUUAUCGAGAUGCUACAAGGAUCCCCAGCUUUCCCUGGUGUCACAGAUAUCGUUGAACAACUGCAGAAGAUCUGGGCAGUAUUAGGGGUUCCUACUGAGAAAACAUGGCCUGGAGUUACUCAACUGCCAAACUACAAACCAGAAUGGUUUCUGCCCUGUCAGCCUAGAAUACUUCGAAAUGUCUGGAAAAGACUCGGGCAGCUGCCCUAUAAAGCUGAGGACCUGGUAAAGAAGCUGCUGCAAUGUGUCCCGCGAGACCGGCUAGCUGCCGACGAGGCCCUCCGCCACGAGUGUUUCAACAGCCUGCCUUCUGCACUGCUUCAACUGUCUGACAGUACGUACUGUUCCCCUGACUCCCUGCCUGUCUCCCUGCCGCUCAUCCUCCCCUCAUUCUCAAAUCCACCUACCAUCCGUCCAAUUAAAUCACAUUUGUCAAAGCAGCGGGGGCCUCGCCAGCUGCCUGAGAUAAUGACAAGAAGUCGCUGUAGUUAGUGUAUGCUUCUCUGGGGAGAUGAUGAAAGCUGGAGCACUACAAGAAGAAAAAACUGCCAGAGUAUCGGAUGGUUCAUUGAUUUAUUUAUUUAUUUAAGUAUGUAUAUAUGUAUUUAUUUUGCUCUCUAUCGUCUGUCUGGUAGAGUGACUCAUGCUCAUUAUGUUUGUGGGACAGAGAAGGAGAACAGGAAUUGGAGUUGUGGGGUUUGAGUCCCCAAAAUACAAAGAUUACAGAAACAGGACUGGGCAGGGGUGAUAACUGUGGUAUCCUGUCCAAUUUUAAAUAGGUCACAAUUAUCUAGAUUUAUAUUAUAACUUCUUUUUUCUUUGUUUCUUUACAAGCCUAAGUAGUUUAUUUGCUUUCCCGCAAGUUACAAACCUGAUUUGGCCUAGUGUUUGCAGGCAGCAAUUAGGUGCACUUUCUCUUUCAGUACAUUCAUCCACAGUUUCCUCUUCUGAUUUUGAAACGUCUGAUUGAAACAUACAUCGUAUGCAAUAUGCAAAUUCUCUUACAUUACCCCCUUUGCUUUUGUAAGUCCUUUUGUGAAUAAUAUAAGUCCCGGAGCCCAUCUAUAUUUUAAUAUAACGGAAUCUGAGCCACAGAAACAUACUUACAAGGGGCAGCGCACACGGUCCUACACCUUGGUUGAUCACAUUGACUUGGGCAAACAAAACCGGACAGGGAGUGGAUGCCACCUUUGAUGUUUGAGGUUUGAUCUUUGAAAGAACCUGGAUCGACCUGUCUUUCUCUAUCAAGAUUGUUUUAACUUGUCUAAAGGGACCAAGCAAUAAUUAUUUGGCACCACGUCACAUGAAUGCACUGACCAAGUGAUUUUCACGAUAUAUGGCAUCACCUAUUGUUAACGUGGAUGACUGAAGCAAUACUCACAUCUCUGCUGGUUCAUUUUUAUUAGCAGAGAGUCUAAGUUCCAGCCAGGUACUUGUUUUUGAAAUAAUCUAUUUAUAGUUAAUUAUUUUAGGGUAUGACUUUCCAUUAAAUGACUUUGUUUGAUCAAAAGGUUCCUGUUUCUUUUUCCACGCUUUCCUGAGAUCUUUACAGACAGUAAGACGUAGCUAGACUAGACAGAAUAAGAGUGAUAUGAAAUUCUGGGACCACAAAACAAGGUGCCAUAGACUCCAGGAUAACAAAUGCAGCUGCGCUUUUGAAAGAUCCUGGAAUUUUGAUUCAGGAUCUUCUGAUAGUAUCUUUGAUCAAAUAGAGUGGUGGGUGAGCCCAAUUCCUUCAGCAGGCAUGUGAACAGGCUGGCAGAUGGUGGUGAAGUCAGACCCGGAAGAACACACACAGUACUGAAGAGACACCCACAGCACAUUGGGGGAAUGAUAAAUGCGCUGCUUGCGAGUUUAUUAAAAUGAACAAAAUAAAAAGGUUGAACAAAACUAAACGCUUUUCACAAAACACAAACACAAACAAAAUGGCUCAUUGGUCAAAGCAGAUAGACACGGCGAGACAAACUCAAAACAAGUACCAUGCUGCUUUAAUUCAGCACGUAUAGCAACUGUAAUUCUUAUUAAAUUACCUCCAGACUCUCGUUCUCUCCUCAGCAAAGACACCCAACCCCGUGUGCGUGAAACAUUCAUUCUUUUAUACAGCUGUGCUGAGACUCGAUUGCUAAUCAAUCAUUCACUUGAAUCUCACCACAGUCUGCACGUGGACUAAAUGUGCACUUCAUGAGCCCCCAUACAAAUAGCCAUUUUAAUCUGCAUGUGAAGUGAUUGUGCCUAAAUACAAUUAUACAUUUUACAUCACCUGUGCUACAUAAUGCAUA